GAGGGCGGGCGGCAGCGGCGGCGCGCACGCAGGGCCUGGUCGGUGUCAUGGCCGCGUCCCGGCUGCCUCCAGCAGCACUGACGCUGAAGCAGUUCUUGAGAAGGCAGCAGGUUCUUCAGUUAUACAGAAGAAUUCUGCAGGCUAUUCGUCAGGUACCUGCUGAAACUGAUCGGCAAUAUCUAAAGGAGUGGGCAAGGGAAGAAUUCAAAAGAAAUAAAGAUGCAACAGAUGAGGAUGCAAUUAGGAUGAUGAUUACUCAGGGUAACAUGCAGCUUCGGGAGCUUGAGAGAAUACUUCAGCUGGCAAACUCCUAGUCUUAAUUCUGAGAGCCAAUGGACUUUCAUCCACUGUGGGAAGUACAGUACUUUCUCCAGGAUGCAGCACCUCAUCUUAUGCUAAAAUACCGGUAAUGUUUCAAGGUGGAAUACAGUACAAUACCAUUAUUUCCUUUUCUUCUUGAGUCUGUUACCCUGAAUAUUUGGCAAUCAUAGACAAAUUAGUUGCGCCAUAUUUGUUCAAAUAACCAAAAGUGUGGCAUAAUACUUGCUGAGAGAGAAGCAGGAAGUACUGAAUAACAGCAGCAGUGCAAAAGAAAAACAAAAAUCUGAUUUGAAUGUAUUUUCUGUUUGUUUGUUUUCUACAUUAGUUCUAAAUAUUACAAUCUUAUGGGAGUUGUCUCUAGAGUUCCAAAGUCCCAAACUCUUGAACUUUCAGUUUCAUAAUAAAUGUGUUCAAAAUACUAAGAAAAUUCCUCAUAUGUAGGUGAUAACUUGAUCCUGUUUAUUGUUUGAGGUAGUGUCUUUAACCAUGAUUAUGACUGAAUAAACCUUAACGGUGUGAGAGAAUAUAACCUAGGAUAUGGUUAUUGCCAAAUUAAGAAAUACCUCUUAUGAUUAUACUGACAAGUGUUCACAUGUUACAUAAAAAGAACAAACAGAAAAGGUAUAUUAAUGUUGUGGCCCUUCCUUUCAUGUUGUAUUUCCCACAUGAAUGGCAACAUACUUUGUUUAUUUCAGUUUCAAAAGUAAGGGAGGUUGAGUUUCUCUGAAUGUAAAUAAAUAGCUAUGUACCCGAACAGCAGAUGUACACAGCUGCCAGCUAAUAUGUCUUGGUUCAUUUCUAACAAGCAGCAGACCAAGUUUCUUCAAAGCUGUACCUGCAGACUUGGUUGAAAGACUUCACAUGGCUGGUUAGCCAACCACUGAUGGGCUGUUAAAAAGAAAUUUCUCCUGUAGUUAGGCUAUAUUCCAGAAUUGUUGUCUAUGGGGUUUCUUGAGCCUCUCUCUGAAGCAUCUGGUUCUGGCUAUUACCAAAGACAGGACACUGGAUUAGACAGCUCUCUGGUUUGUGUCGGAAGAGGUUGCUCUUGUGGAUUUUUUAAAGCAGGGGCGGGCAAACUUUUUGGCCUGAGGGUCACAUUGGGGUUGUGCAACUGUAUGGAGGGCCAGGUAGGGAAGGCUGUGCCUCCCCAAACAGCCUGACUCCUGCCCUCUAUCCUCCCCCUCCCACUUUGCACCUUCUGACUGUCCCCCUCAGAACUCCCAACCCAUCCAAACGCCCCUGCUCCUUGUCCGCUGACUUCCCCCUCCAGGGACCCCACCCCAUCCAACCCCCCUGCUCCGUCUGCCCUGACCCUUAUGCAUACCCCUGCCCCCUGACAGCCCCCACCCCCAGACUCCCUCCCCCAUCCAACCGCCCUCUGCUCUCUGUCCCCUGACUGCCCUCCUGCCCCCAUCCACAUCCCGGCCCCCUGGGACUCCCACUCCCAAUUCUCCCAUUCCGCAUCCCCACCGCCCCCGCAGAACCUCUGCCCCAUCCAACUGCCCCCCAGGACUCCCCACCCCCUUAUCAGCAGCAGGAGCUCGCAACCACGACACCCGGCCAGAGCCAGCUACGCUGCCCAGUGGGAGUGUGGCUGCGGGGGAGGGGGCAGGGACUAGGCUCCCCAGCCGAGAGCUCAGAGGCUGGGCAGGACGGUCCCAUGGACCGGAUGUGGCCUGUGGGCCGUAGUUUGCCCACAUCUGUUUUAAAAGGACACUGACAAUGAUUUUAAAAAAAUUCAAAAGAAAAUCAGUAUUCUGGUAGUAGGCUCUUAAUUAGUAGGUCCUGAUUUUUUCUUCAGUUCUUUAAAACACAAACAAUCUGCUUCCUUGAUGAUUAGAAGGGCCUUUUCGAGCAGAGCCCAUCAAAGGCCACAUUUCCCCUCCCCCUUCUCUACCUGCACACUACUGCAGGAUUACACUUUCUUGCAGAUCAUGCUGACCAAUAUUGUCUAAUUGUUUCCUUGUCUUUUUCUGUCUGUAUCACCUAUUGUUUUCGCAUUGUACAUAACACUGUAGGCCCUUUGGGGCUGGGAUUGUCCUUGUUAAGGCCAUGAGGUCCCAGUCUGUAAGUGGUGCUUCGAGGAGCUACCACCACUACAAAAAAUAAACAUACAACAUGCACUCUCAACACUAUAGUGAGAGUGAGUAAGAUAAGAUUUUUUUCUUCAUUUUAACUUGUCUUCUUCAGUUACAGUAACCUUAAGGGUUGAGGAAGUGUGAAUUUUUUUUUUUCAAGUUCGUGUCCCUUUACUUUCUGCCAACUAGUUCAGCUUGUCAUUAAUACUCUGUCCCUUUUACAGUUUGGAGCUCAGGAUUUAAAAUGUACUAGAACCCUUCUAUUAUAACACUAAAUUAAUUGUGCUUUACAUAAAUUUAUGCUGGCCUACUCCUAUAGUAACAAUUAUCACACAAACCUUUAAACCAUUAAUUAAGUUAACUGAUUUUCCUUUUUUGGUUAAAACAUUUUGUUUUGAAAACUUCCCUUUUUCUAUCUAGAGAAAAACUUUGCUUGAUAGUCUUAGGAUUAUAGUAGAAGCCUUUGCUGGAAAAGUCAGAUUUAGCUGGCAACUUCUGAGGCGUUGUGGGUGAAGUCCAACCAACACACUUAAAAAGUGCCAUGAAGAUUAUAAAUUGCAGCUUCAGUUUGCUCCUUGCUUGCACUUUAGCUGCUAGAAAAUCAUUGGCAUAGCCCAAAAAUUUAUUAGCCAUUCUGGUACUUAGUAAUCUCAGUCAAUCUUGUUUUUAGCUUGCCUCUUUGGUUACAGGUUUACAGCAGUAUUGCAAGAGUAGAUUUCUCCUUGCUGGCUAAGCUGGUCUCUUAGGAGAUAAAAGGCAAAAAAGAGGUAGAAGAAAUAAGGAGGCACUGACUCAAGAGGAAGGAAGUAAUAUUAGGAACAUCAGGGUCAUAUCCCAGCUGUUGCUCAGAAUUUACCUGACCCUCUGAAGGUGAUGUCAUCUGGCUCCCUCUACUUGUCCAAUCAGAUCAGGACAUCAUUCAGAUUUAGGAAAAUGAUGUGGCAGUCCCAACAGGUGAUGAGAGUAGUGACGACCAUGAUUAGAGAAGCUCUCUGACUCACAGUAAAGCCUUUCUCCUCCUUCCUCCCCAAUAGGCUGCCAGCUGCCCCCAGAAAAACAGUACAGAAAGAGAGGACACCCUUAAUCAAAACCAACAUCUAGCAAUCCUAAGUGCGGGCAUUUCCUUUCACUUGUUUUAUUAUAGCAAUACUGUGAUCUUACCAGAGUCUUGAAACUGUGUAAAUAAAGUUUUUAGUUCAAACAUUC